AUGAAAUUAAAAAAUUCUCCAUAUAAAAAAAGUAAACUUUUUUUACAAAUCGAUCGUGAUACCAAUAACAACGGCUCUCCAUUUAGAAAAGUCAUUUCUGAUAGUUUUAAAGAAGCAAGAAUCUCAUCAUCACCAUCACCAUCGACACCAUGUGCGAGCUCUUCAAUAUUUAAAAAAUACAACACGUCAAAAUGUCCUGACAUUCUUUACGAUCAAACUAAUGAGGGAAAUAACAGCAAUUUAUUUGAAUUAGACGACUACAACAAUAGUACUACAUCAUGCAAAUUAAUUGGAUCUCGUAGUAAUAACACAUCUGCAAGUAAAGUUACACUUAGUUCUACGGUAUUAUUGUCUAACAAAGAAAAUCCCGAUGAUAUUAGUAUUGAUAAUGAUUUACCUGAAAACUUAACUUUGAAGACUUCUAACAAUUACUAUUAUUCAAAUCAAAGCAACUAUAACGACAACAACAAUUAUAUUAAUAACGUUAAUAAUAAUGAUGAUUAUAUUGAUAUAGAAAAGUUUAUACCGUCUAAUUUAGAUGAUCCUGGCAAUGGUAUCAGUGCAUACAAAAAGUGUGUUGAUAAACUUCUUGAUAAUAAAGAAAAAUCUGAUUCAUUAAAUCUUCAAGUCAAAAGUAAAGGAUAA